AGAGGAGAGGAGAGAGAGAGAGGAGAGGAGAGAGAGAGAGGAGAGAGAGAGUUUGGCAGCCAAGGAGACGGCAGAAAAAAGUUUUUAAAGAGGAAGAAAAGCAUUCUUGCCUUUCACUUUGAGGCAGGAAGACACAAAAGGAGCCUCGUGGUUCUCUUGCAGCAGACGUGAAGGACACUUUCAUUGCACUGCAUCAACCAUAUCAACGAUAUCAACCAUAGCAGCGAUAUCAGCAGUAUCGCAUCCGGCAGAAGACACGGAACGUCUUUGGAGCUACGAUGAAGUUUGCCUGCUUGAUGCUCGCAGUCGGUCUGACAUGUCACAAAGUGUGUUCCGAUGGUGAAGGAGAUGUUUCCGUGGCCACUCAAGUGCCGGAUGCUGCCACGGUCCUGCAAAGAGGAUCUCUUCUGACCACCAAAGUGCCAGCUGGUGCUCACAUACAUGUGAACGCAACAAAUCAAGUGGUAGCAGACCCUGCCGCCUCAGUGGUAGCAGACCCUGCCGCCUCAGUGGUAGCAGACCCUGCCGCCUCAGGGGUAGCAGACCCUGCCGCCUCAGUGGUAGCAGACCCUGCCGCUUCAGUGGUAGCAGACCCUGCCGCCUCAGGGGUAGCAGACCCUGCCGCCUCAGUGGUAGCAGACCCUGGCGUCGCAGUGGUAGCAGACCCUGGCGUCGCAGGACCGGCGGACCCUGGCGUCCCAGGACCGGCGGACCCUGGCGUCCCAGGACCGGCGGACCCUGGCGCCGCAGGACCGGUGGACCCUGCCGCCUCAGGGGUAGCAGACCCUGCUGCCUCAGUGGUAGCAGACCCUGCCGCCUCAGUGGUAGCAGACCCUGCCGCCUCAGUGGUAGCAGACCCUGCUGCCUCAGUGGUAGCUGACUCUGGCGCCGCAGGACCGGCGGACCCUGGCGCCGCAGGACCGGCGGACCCUGGCGCCGCAGGACCGGCAGACCCGGCCGCCACAGGACCAGGAGACCCUGCCGCCCCAGGGGUAGCAGACCCUGCUGCCUCAGUGGUAGCUGACCCUGGCGUUGCAGGACCGGCGGACCCUGGCGCCGCAGGACCGGCGGACCCUGGCAUCGCAGGACCGGUGGACCCUGGCGUCGCAGGACCGGCGGACCCUGGCGCCGCAGGACCGGCGGACCCUGGCGCCGCAGGACCGGCGGACCCUGGCAUCGCAGGACCGGCGGACCCUGGCGCCGCAGGACCGGCGGACCCUGGCAUCGCAGGACCGGUGGACCCUGGCGUCGCAGGACCGGCGGACCCUGGCGCCGCAGGACCGGCGGACCCUGGCGCCGCAGGACCGGCGGACCCUGGCAUCGCAGGACCGGCGGACCCUGGCGCCGCAGGACCGGCGGACCCUGGCAUCGCAGGACCGGCGGACCCUGGCGUCGCAGGACCGGCGGACCCUGGCGCCGCAGGACCGGCGGACCCUGGCGCCGCAGGACCGGCGGACCCUGGCGCCGCAGGACCGGCGGACCCUGGCAUCGCAGGACCGGCGGACCCUGGCGCCGCAGGACCGGCGGACCCGGCCGCCACAGGACCAGGAGACCCUGCCGCCACAGGACUGACAGAUGCGGCAACCACUCAAGCAUAUCCGCCAAGCAACACAAAAGAUCCUCAAAGCUCUCUUGUGUCACCUACUGGUGCCCCAACCACCAGCCCAGCAAAAUUAAACUCUCCAAUGGCAGGAUCUUCCAACAUGGCCACAACACCAGAAGUUUCUCCCGUGACCACUAGAACCUUAGCUAGCCACACUACGGCCGUGUUGCAAGACAACGUGAGAACACCUGACUUCACGCCAAGUCAUCAACUCACAACACCCGGAACCUUCAUCUUCAAGACUGACGCCCACACAGAGGAAAGCACUAGAAGCCUGAGACAGACAACAGAAACAAGGACUUUUCAGCCAGCGGAGAGGAUGGGGACCCACACUGUGGCCCCCACUGGGGCCCCAACAACACCUUCUGCUGUGGAAGCCUUCAACUCCAACCCGAAGAAGUAUUGGUACUCUCUCAACAGUGGACACCAGGAGGAGGAAGACAAAGACCUGAUGGAGGUGUGCAGGCGCCUGAUGGCUCAUUUGAAGGAUGGAAACUGCACGCUGACAUGGCGCCACCACCAGGGCAAACUGCUCUUUGACUGUGUGGAGAUCAACGGCAAAGUGAAGACUGCGCUGGCUACUCAGUACUAUGAAGACAUCAGCAAGAAAGCCACAGACAACAAAACGCUGAUCGCCAUCUUGGCGUCGUGUGGCGCUCUGCUCAUCAUGAUCAUCAUCCUGGCCGUCUGUGCCUCACACCACCGCAAACCCUACUCUGACAACCAGCAACACCUGACGGAGGAGCUUCACACAGUGGAAAACGGUUACCAUGACAACCCCACGCUGGAGGUGAUGGAGGUGCAGCCGGAGAUGCAGGAGAAGAAGUUGGCUUUGAACGGCGACUUUGGCGACAGCUGGAUCGUGCCCAUGGACAACCUGCUGAAGGAGGACGUCCCUGACGAGGAAGACACGCACCUGUGAGAGGGAGGAGCCACCUGGCACACCUGUGGAAGUGUGAUGAGGAGGACACACAUUUACCCUGAACAUUGAAUGACUCCUUUCUUCACACCAUCAUAUUUCAUCCUGUAUGCCCAACUAUCAAAGAUGGCCUCUUGAAAUGAACACUGUCAAUAGCACAGUUCAAUCCACAGUAUACUGUACCUGUCCCAGGUGUAUUGGACUGGUGGUAUGUGAUACAUGUACACACACUGUAUAUAUGCUGUAUGUACACACUGUAUAUAUGCUGUAUGUACACACUGUAUAUAUGCUGUAUGUGAUACAUGUACACACACUGUAUAUAUGCUGUAUGUGAUGCAUGUACACACACUGUAUAUAUGUUGUAUGUGAUGCAUGUACACACACUGUAUAUAUGCUGUAUGUACACACUGUAUAUAUGCUGUAUGUGAUGCAUGUACACACACUGUAUAUAUGCUGUAUGUACACACUGUAUAUAUGCUGUAUGUGAUGCAUGUACACACUGUAUAUAUGCUGUAUGUACACACUGUAUAUAUGCUGUAUGUGAUACAUGUACACACACUGUAUAUAUGCUGUAUGUGAUGCAUGUAC